UCUGUUGACUCUCCCCCCCGUCCGCCGCUCUCAGUUUCUCUGCCGCUUUCUGUCUGUUUUUGCUGCCGCCGCUCCCGGCCUCUCGGUUUUGUUUGAUUUGAUGUGAUUUUCUCCGGUGAUUGAGCCGGUGCUCUCCUCGGUUCUUCCUCUGCUCACUCUCGCUCUUUGACAUUAUUUGAGCUCCGGUGCCGACCUCCAGCUCCAGGCCGCCGCUGUCGUCUCCUCCUCCGCCCUCCGGCCGCAGGUUUUUUUGAUUGAGAAGGAUCAACCUAUCUUCAGACUUCUAUCAAGCAUUCCUCUGCAACUGCUCAUCAGCAGCUGACUAAUCCAUCUCUACUUCAGUUGGUGCAUGUGAAAUCAAUGCCACUACUUCUACCAAGCAUCAGGAUAAGUGUGUCACUGAUAUUCCCAGCAUGAAUGCCUUUGCAACCUUAAUAGAAUUUGUGUGAGAGAUACAGUGAAGAAUGUCAAGGUUUGAAAGGAGAGAAUCCAGUGGAUAACACGUUUUGCCCAAGACUGCCACCAAGCAGGGGUAGAUUGAGCAGUUUUGUAUUGAUUCGGCAUACAUUUACAGAUUGCAGAGCCCUUUCCUGGAAACAAAAGAGAGAGAAAGUUGGCCUGUUGAAUAAACUGUGACAAUGUCAACGAACAACAUAGCUCAGGCAAGAAAAAUGGUGGAACAGUUAAGGAUUGAAGCUGGCAUUGAAAGGAUCAAGGUAUCAAAGGCAGCCGUAGAUUUGAUGAACUACUGUGAACAGCAUGCACGGAAUGAUCCAUUGCUCGUUGGAGUGCCAGCCUCUGAAAACCCUUUCAAGGAUAAAAAACCUUGCACCAUUCUAUAGCUGCUGCAAGCCAUCCUUUCGCAAACUAACCACAGCAUCAGAGGACCUGCCAAGAAUUUCUAUUGGUAAUCAGACCUUGAGAAGCAAAUGCAGCUUCUGAAAUGCAGGACUGCUGUGGAAAUGUGUUUAAAAAAAUAGGGAAAAAAAAGUUGGAUUCUAUUUGUUUGUCAACUAAGCAUGUUUCUGGAAGUGAAGGAAAGAAGAUGUUAUGGUGAAGAGCAAUGGAAAUGGAUUGCUAUUUUGGACUUUUAUGAUAGAUUUUCUGAUUGUAAUAUUAAGAUCUUAGAUUUAAAAAAACUAACUCGGCAAGGAUAAUAUCUUUGCCUAAAAUUCUUGAAAAAAAUUAAAAGUGUAUCUGUAAAGAGUGUACAUUUGGAAGAUGAUAAUAUAGUUUGGGCAAUAACACAUUAGAUGAAGGGGAGCAAUUGACUGCAUCCAUUGCAUUUUUAAAUGUCACGUUGUUCAUCUUUAUUGUCAUUAGCAAUUAGAUAUGUGCUGGUGUAGCAGUAUAGUUUUACUUCCCCGGCCUUUUAAAUUGCAUAUUUACACUACCAAAGUACUUGCCAAGGUAAACCGAUGUAAAUAAUCAAUGUUUUAUUCAUUUUUUCUUCAUCUGUUUUUCUUAAGUAGACCUGGUAGUUACAAUUUAACCAUAAAAAAUAGCCCAAACUAUAGGAUGAUUCACAGUUGUCUUUGCUAAACAGCAUGAUGUAGAAUUGAAAAUAUUUUGUUGAGCAGAUGGAAAUAUUUCAUUCCCUCAAAAGCAACACCAGGGGUCCUCUUAUAAACUGUUUAAACAGUCAAGUCAUGUAUGUGGAUUUAGGCAACUUGUUCCAUCUAUCUGGACAUAAAUUUCCUGUACUCCAUUUUAAGUGAACAAAUUAUCCAACAAUACAGGGGAUAAAACUUAUUUUAUUGCCUUGAGAGUGUAUGCACACCAUAUUUGAAGAUCCUAAACUAAACUGUAUUAUAGUUCAACAUAAAAUGUUACAUUAAUUCAUAUUGUUAAUUUAUAACUCCUAGAGAUCAUGCUCAUUGAUUUUUUAUUUGGAACUUAAAUUCUGAUCUAUUAUUUGCAGCAUUACCCACAGUAUAUACUUACCAUGCAGAGGGAAAAAUCUGCUCAGUGGUACACCAGCAGCUGCAGAUUGACAAAACUUCUGGGAAUGUCGGCUUAAAAUGAAAACAAAGAUUAAGAAAGAAAUAUUUGCCCAUGUGUCAAAUAAGCCACAACUCUUCACAUGUCCUUGUUCAUUAUAAGAAACCUCUUGAGGAUAACAAACUGUAGUCGUGUGCCAAAAACCAUCAAAAUGCCAAGUGAUUUAUGUCAUAGUGAAGUGUUAGAAAACUUUAAAAAAAACCACAAGCAUUUUUUUUAAAAAAACAAUUAUUAUUGUGUUGGAAGACAAGUGUUAAAACAUUUGCCAAGAUUUUUCUGUUUAACAUCUUUAAACAGGUUGCAUGUGCAUUGUUCUUUCAGCUGCCUUGCGUUGUUGCCUUUUUAUUCUCAGCUGUUAAGUGUUAGGUAAGCCUGCCAUAUUUAUAAUUAAAAUUUUUUUUAAGAACCAUAUUGUCUCACCAAGAACACCACCAUAAAUUUCACUAAAAGUUACUGUAUGAUGAAAAGCUAUUUGCAUAUGUCGAGUAUACAGUGAACAAGAUAAUUUCUCAUAUUAAAAUUCUUAAAGCAUUUGAAAA